CGGGCGCCCAGGGAAGGCGGAAGGACUCGGCGCGCCCCGCGGCCCAGCGCAGAGCAGUUUCCUUACUACGCGCAGCUGCGCCCCAGCCGAGUCCCCAAGUCCCUCAAGUCCGGGCCGGGAGCCCCCAGCCCCGAGGGCGCCAUGCGGGAGCAGCUGCUGUUGAUCUGCAACUGGAGCACUCUGGGCGUGUGCGCCGCGCUCAAGCUGCCGCAGAUCUCCGCGGUGCUGGCGGCGCGCAGCGCUCGGGGCAUCAGCCUCCCGAGUUUACUUCUGGAGCUGGCGGGUUUCCUGGUGUUUCUCCGGUACCAGUGUUACUAUGAGUACCCGCUGUUCACCUACCUGGAGUACCCCAUUCUCAUCGCACAAGAUGUCCUCCUCCUGCUGUGUGUCUUCCAUUUCAAUGGGAACGUGAGAGGGGCAGUGCCCUACCUCGGGGCGUUUGUGGCCUCGUGGUUCAUCCUUCCCCUGCAGAAGUGGACCAUAGAUCUGGCCAUGAAUCUGAGUACCCUCAUCAGCUCGGCCAGCAAGUUUGCCCAGCUGCAGUACCUGUGGAAGACCGGGGACGCGGGAGCUGUGAGCGCCCUCACCUGGAGCCUCGCUUCCUACACCUGCGCCACAAGAAUAAUAACAACUUUAAUGACCACCGGUGACCUUACAAUUCUCGUGCGGUUUGUGAUCAUGCUUGCUUUGAACCUGUGGGUGACAGCCACGGUGCUCCGCUACAGGACGGCGGCCGUGAAGGCUGAAUGAUGGAUGCGUAGCUCCUACCAAAGUGGAUUCCUGACAACUGACCCAAGGGCAGAACCAGCGCACGCCUGAUUCAAGGUCUUCUGUAAGUUUAGUCAGUUGUUUCUGAAACUCUGAAGCCAGAGGUGUUUUAGACAUGAGCCCUUUAGACACUUGUUUAGAAAUGUGGAUUCCCGCCUUCUCCUCGGCAUCAGGAGCUGGAGGGAGGCAGGGCUCCGACACCUGCAGGCUGAGCAGCGCCACGGUUCAGUUCUCUCCAAAGAGCUAACGACAUCGGGUUUUCAGCUUUUGGAAUCUUGUAAGGAAUAAAUCCUCUCCAUGGCACACAUGAUUAUGAAUGGAGUAGGAUUUUUCUCAGUCAGUCAUGGAAGUGUUGUACAUUACUAAGGUUCACUUUCUGGGACUGUUUAAUUAUCAUAUAGAUUUAACAGGCUGGCCUUACUGUAUCAGAAUACAUAUGUACCUCCUUAGGCUAUGGUAAGGGUAUCGAGGGAAGCAAAAAUUGGCUUGAGUUCCAAUACCAAAGUUAGUCCUUUAAUUUUCAUUUGGUGCCUUUAAGUAAUUCCUUAAGGAAAGGUACUGUUAGCUGCAAUCUUUGCUUAGGAUGAGGCAGUCCCAGUGAACUUUUCUGAUUCAAGCGUAAUGCUGCCACUUUUAAAAGGGUCACGCCUUUAGAAAAAAAACACAUCUUGUCCAUUAAUACCUACAGUAAAAGGGUAUUGCUGGGUUCUGGCAAGUACUUAUGGACUUCAUUCUGUCAUAAUCUAAACAUGAUGUCAAGAUUACUGGACAUUGCAUUUUACUAUAAAAGUUUAUAAACGUUAAGAUUUAAAAACUCUUUCCUUUUAUAAUGAAUGGCAUAGUAAGUCGGUGAUGCUUAAUUAGAAAAUGUUUUAGUUUCCUAUGUAAAACAAACUUUUAUUUUCUGAACUUUGCUGAGGCUUAAAACUGUCAGGUUUUUAAUGUGAUUAGUUUUAAGUUACAUAAAAUGCUGUUUUAAAAAUAUAAAC